CAGCAACAUGACGAUCGUCAAUCUCGAUCCAACAAACCUGGAGUUUACCGUGUUUACCACGGAAGAUAUACGGAAGAUUAGCGUACUGAAGGUAACACAACCAAAGUCGUUCGAUGAUAUGGGCAAUACGAUCCGGGGCGGACUGUACGAUCCGGCCCUCGGUCCUGCCGGGUUCGGCGAGAUCUGUACCACGUGCGCGCGCGACAUCAACAUGUGCGAAGGACACUUUGGUCACAUCGAGCUCGAUCUGGUCGUGUACAAUCCGUUCUUCCUGCGCCCUAUUUACAAUCUGCUGCGCAUCAGCUGCAUGUCCUGUGCACGGUUGCAGUUGAACGAUGGGGCAAAAUCGUUGCUCGAGCUGCAGCUACGACUGGCCGAUGCCGGGUACAUUGUGGAGGCGGAAGAAAUCGAUGCGUACAAGACGCGGCUGCAAGCAAACCCGACGGAAUCGAUACCGGAGUGUGUAACGUAUUACGAAGACCUGCUGCGCAAGGAACCGUACAACAAGCUGGGCGAUACGAAGCUUUCUACCACGAUCCGGACCGCAAUAGUGAACAGUUCGUUCCGGCAGGAAUGCAAAAAGUGUAUCCACUGUACGCAGAUGCUGCAGAAGGUACGAAUAUCCGAGGGGAAAAUUGCGAUACGAUGGACGCAGGGCGAUAAGAGAAAGUAUUUGUAAGUACAAUUGGGCAACAAAAAUCCAAACGAGCAGCAAAUAAAAGCUGCCUCUGUGGUGGUACUGGCACGCGAGAGUCAGCAAUUUCUGAGGAAACUUUACGAAACAGAUGGUACGCUGUUGAACCUACUGUUUCCGGUGCUGAUCACAAACAAGCAUUCUUAUGCGAAUGGUGCUACACCUUAUCAUCCGACCGAUAUCUUCUUCAUGGAAGUUGUACCCGUAACACCGAUAAAAACGCGUCCCAUACGACGUCCGAGUAAUACCGGUGGACGUGGCACAAUCGUUGAGCACGCCCAGUCAGUCCUGCUCCGGAACAUUCUACUAGCGAACUCAACCGUACGUGCUGUGCUGAUUGCUGGCGAAGGCACCAUCCCUCCGGACAUGUCAGAAACGUUGUUCAACCAAAUGAAGUCCAUCAGCCAGUAUGCGAAGGGUGAAACGGUGGCGGAAAAGAUUUACAACGCCUGGUUUCAGCUGCAGACGAACGUCGAUCAGCUGAUGGACGUGGAGAAAGUGACCACCGGCAAGCAAACGGUAUCGUUUGGGCUGAAACAGCUGAUCGAGAAGAAAACCGGCCUGAUACGUAUGAAUAUGAUGGGCAAACGGGUAAACCAUGCCGCCCGUACGGUGAUCACACCGGAUCCGUACAUCGGUGUGGAAGAGAUUGGCAUUCCGACCCGGUUUGCCAAGAAGCUUACCUAUCCCGUGCCCGUCACACCUUGGAACGUGUCCGAGCUACGCCAGUGGGUACUAAACGGACCGGACGUUUAUCCAGGCGCAAACAUGAUCGAAGAUUCAAAUGGACGUGUAAGCAAAAUCUCACCCUCCAACGUGACGCAACGCCAAUCGAUGGCCAAAACACUGCUCACCCCGCAGGUCGCGGGGGGAGAAGCGGCCGGAGGCGAUUCGAUCAAAAUCGUCCAUCGGCAUCUGCAGAACGGUGAUAUUUUGCUGCUUAACCGGCAACCGACACUGCAUCGUCCGAGUAUUAUGGCGCACCGGGCAAAGAUCCUUGGAAAGGAGAAGAUUUUCCGCCUUCACUACUCAAACUGCAAAUCGUACAAUGCCGAUUUCGAUGGGGAUGAAAUGAACGCCCAUUUACCGCAGAAUGAGGUAGCGCGGGCGGAGGCAUGCGGGCUGGUUGCGGUACCGUAUCAGUAUCUUGUCCCGAAGGAUGGUACACCGCUCGGUGGCUUGAUACAGGAUCAUAUCGUGUCCGCCGUGAAGCUGUUUAUUCGUGGGAAAUUUUUCAAUCGGGAUGAUUAUCAGCAGCUGGUGUUUCAAGCGCUGAGUAACAUGAGAGGCAAUAUUGAUCUGCUGCCACCGUCGAUCCUGAAGCCGGUAAAACUUUGGUCGGGAAAGCAAAUCAUUUCGACCAUCAUCAAGAACAGUACGCCGAAGGGGAUGCCCUACAUCAACAUGAAUGGCAAAUCAAAGCUGAAUAAUAAGCACUGGUGUGUACUUCCUGCCCGCCCGUGGCAUCACGGUGGCAGUCCGCUCAAGGAAAACGAACUCUCCGAAUCGGAAGUGCUUAUCCGUCAGGGCGAACUGCUGUGCGGCAUCCUCGACAAGAACCAUUUCGGUGCCACUCCGUACGGUCUCAUUCACUGCAUGUACGAACUGUACGGGGGCGUCUGCUCCUCCGCAUUACUUUCGUCCCUUUCCCGGCUCUUCACCUACUACCUGCAGUGGGAAGGCUUCACGCUUGGCGUACGAGACAUUUUGGUGCGCGCGAAGGCGGACAAGAAGCGGGCAAAAAUUAUACGCGAAUGUCGCGAGCGGGCUGGCCACGAAGCCACAGCAGCUGCGCUGGAGCUGCCACCGACUGUAUCACGCGACGUGCUUGUCAAACGUAUGCGCGAGGCGUACGCAAAAAAUCCAAAGUUUCGAGCGAUUCUCGAUCGCAAGUAUAAGACGGCACUCGAUACGUACACGAACCAGAUUAAUAAUGCCUGCCUUCCGGAAGGACUGAUCAGCAAGUUCCCGGAGAACAAUCUCCAGCUGAUGGUACAGUCCGGUGCGAAAGGUUCAACCGUCAACACGAUGCAAAUUUCCUGCCUGCUCGGUCAGAUCGAGCUCGAAGGCAAGCGUCCACCGCUCAUGCUGUCCGGCCGUUCGUUGCCCAGCUUUGCCGAUUUUGAUACCUCACCGAAAUCGGGAGGAUUCAUCGAUGGACGCUUCAUGACCGGUAUACAACCGCAGGACUUUUUCUUCCAUUGUAUGGCGGGUCGUGAAGGAUUGAUCGAUACCGCAGUCAAGACGAGUCGUUCCGGGUAUUUGCAGCGCUGCUUGGUAAAGCAUCUGGAGGGACUCUCGGUGCAGUAUGACAUGACGGUGCGCGAUAGCGAUGGAAGUGUGAUACAGUUUAUGUACGGCGAGGAUGGGAUGGACAUUUCCAAAGCGCAAUUCAUCGGAAAUAGCAAGCAAACGCGCUUCCUCGACAUGAACCGGGAUGUGAUCGUGCAGAAGGACGUCCUGCAACGCUUGAAACCAUCCAACGAUGUGGAUCCGGUCAAUGAAGCACUUCGCAAGCACAUAAAGAAAAUGAAACGUUGGACCAAACAAAAUGGUGACAACUUGACGGCGCGAAAAGUUCGCUCAUCACCCUUCGCAUUGUUCUCGGCGGAAAAGGCAGAAGAACUUCGCACCGAUCUUGCAAAAGCGGACAAGCUGAAAAGUUCGGGUCGUACAAAGUUAACGGAAAAGUUACUCAAACGGUGGACUAAGCUGGGUGCGGCCGAAAGACGUGAGUUCGCGAAACGGACGGCUCAUUGUCCCGAUCCGGUUGCAGCCUUAUUUCCACCCGAUGCUAAUUUUGGUGUGCUGUCCGAAAAGCUGGACGAGCUGGUGCGGAACUACAAGCGGACGGAAACACCGAUCCACGAUAUCGAUGAGUUGAUGCAGGUUAAGGGAAGCGGUUCGUUGGCUGCCCCUGGUGAACCGGUCGGUGUGCUGGCGGCUCAAUCGAUCGGUGAACCAUCGACACAGAUGACGCUGAACACGUUCCACUUUGCGGGGCGUGGUGAAAUGAACGUAACGCUCGGUAUUCCUCGAUUGCGUGAAAUUUUACUGUUUGCCGGUGCGAACAUUAAAACGCCGACGAUGGAGAUACCGUUUCUGCCGCACCGGAAACCGGAGCGCUUGAAAGCGGUAGCGGAAAAGUUGCGCAAAUCGCUCAACCGUGUUACGGUGGCCGAUGUGCUAGAGAAUAUCAAUAUAAAAUCGAAACUGGUAGUGAUUCCUUCGCGCGGUAUGCUUCACACGAUCCGGUUCAACUUUCUCCCUCCGGAUGCGUACGAUCAGGAUUAUUGUGUGACGCCGGCCGCCAUCAUGCGCCACAUGUCGCGCAAAUUCUUCAAGGCAAUGUUUAUCGCGAUUAGAAAAGCGGAAGCAACCAAGAACGUGCUAAUCGACACGGAGACGGGAGAGAAGAAAUCGCGCAAAGAAAAAUCGAAUGAAAAUUACGAAGAUGAACAAAUCGAUGAGAAGGAACCAUCCAAGCGGGAUAAAAGCAGGAAAGGGGUUUACUCGGAAAGCGAUACCGAUUCGGACGAUGACGGUAAACUGGGUGCGGAUGCAGAUGCGUCGGAAGCUAAAAUUAAGGAUAAAACUUCCGACGAGCAUGGUUAUGAGGAUGAGAACGAGAACGACGAGAGCAGUUCCGAUUCCGACACUAGUGAGGCGGAAGAUCCGGAAGCGGAUCCUAAAAAGGAUUUCUUCAUUAAAGAAUCAUCCGAUAAGAAAAAGCGAAAGAGUACGGGUACGGAAAGUGCUCCACAAGGACUGGAAGAAGCGCUAAUUGACGAGUAUGAAAAGGAGCAGGAAAAAAUGGAACAAGAGCUUGCAGAACAGAUGGCACCGAAUGCGAACCAAGUGAAUGAAGCCGAAGAAGCACAGUUUGUAAAGCAGCUAGGCAGUCAUAUCGGUAUGUAUCAGAUCGAUCGCGCCAAUCAUCGCUGGUGUCAAAUAGUACUGCACAUGUCGCUGAAGCUGAAGGAGAUUGACUUUACCAAGCUGUUCCGUGAGGUGGCCGAGAAGUCGGUCAUAUGGGAAGUGCCACGCAUCAAGCGUGCCAUCACGUACAUGCAGAACGAUCAGCUGUACCUGAAAACGGAGGGUACCAAUAUGGCCGCCAUGACGGCACACGCCAAGGUGCUGGAUUUGAAUCGGCUCUACACGAACGACAUUCAGGCGGUGGCAAAACGGUACGGCAUUGAGGCGGCUUCCCGUGUGGUGGUGAAGGAAAUACAGAACGUGUUCAGUGUGUACGGUAUUACGGUCGAUCCGCGGCAUUUGCUGCUGGUGGCGGACUACAUGACCGCGAGCGGUAUGUUCCAAGCGAUGAACCGUAUGUCAAUGGAGUUUUCCGCCUCACCGUUACAGCAGAUUUCGUUCGAAACUUCGAUGAAGUUCCUGAAGGGUGCGCUGUCGAAGGGUAUGCAUGAUCGUUUGGAAUCGCCCUCCUCCCGGUUGAUCGUGGGACAACCGUGCCGGCUCGGUACGGGUGCGUUUACGCUGUACUCGUCCGCACUGAAGGAUUAUGCCGAUGCGGCAAGUCAGUAAAA